AUGACGUCGCUGACGAUCAGUCGCGCCGAGAGACAGGAUGCCGGAGAUUACGCUGUCAAGAUUGAGAACAAGUUUGGUACUGUCAGCCAUGCCAUUAAGGUUAUAGUUCUGGAUAAACCUUCACCUCCGGAGAACCUUAAGGUGCCGGAAGUCACACCGCAGUCAGCAAAACUAACCUGGGACGUCCCCAAGGAUGACGGUGGUUCACCGAUUACAGGCUACAUCAUUGAGAAACGUGACGCCAACAGGCAGUCCUGGAAUGAGGUUGGCCAGACGGAUAAAUUGGAGUACAUCGUUUUCAAGCUCGUCGAGAAGAACCAGUAUGUUUUCCGCGUCUCUGCCAAGAAUGAUGUUGGAGUCAGUGAGCCCGCAGAGACACCGAUUAUUACUGCCAAGUGGACAUUUGAACCACCAGGCCCUCCAGAGGCACCAACUCUGACUGACAUCUUCAAGACGUCAGCCGUUGUCAACUGGCAGCCACCACUCAACGAUGGUGGCUCUCCUGUCAUCGGCUACCACGUGGAGCGCAAGUUGACCUCCAGCAGCAGAUGGGCCAAGGUCAACAAGGAAAUCAUUCCGGAAUUGACCUUCAAGGAUGGUGACCUAAAUAAGGAUAUGGAGUACCAGUACCGUGUGAUGGCUGAGAACAAGGCUGGUGUUGGCCCACCGAGUGAGCCCAGCAAGCCCUUCACUGCUAAGGACCCCUGGGACAAACCUGGUCCACCAGGUAUCCCACAGUUCAGCGAGGUCACUGACACGUCUGUCCGAGCAACCUGGACCCCACCAGAAGAUGAUGGUGGCUCCCCCAUCACUGGUUACCACCUAGAGUACAUGGUAGUCGGUGGAAACAAAUGGGCACCCGCGCAAAUUGACACUCUUACCGAUAUGACGAUGGUCGUAAAACGUUUGAAGACAGAUACGGAGUACAUCUUCCGUGUCUGUGCCGAGAACAAGGUCGGGACUGGACCAUUCUCUAAGAAUACUGAACCAAUCAAGAUCAAGGCACCACUUGUUGGCGAUGCGCCCAAGCUUGAGGUUGGUCUCGAAGAUGUCACGGUUGUCGUACCAAAUGAGGCGAAGCUGGAUUGUGACAUUGAUUGUGGUACACCAGCAGCUGAAAUUAAAUGGUUCAAGGGCAACAAGCCAGUCUCCUCCGGUGGCCGUUACACGAUCACCUACAAGAACAAACUGUCAGAACUCAAGAUCAAGGACACGACACCAGAUGAUGCUGCGCUCUACAAGUGUACGGCAUCUAAUAUCAUUGGGAACGUGGAGACGUCUGCGAAUCUUCUCGUGCACAUGCAUCCCAACAUUGAGCAUGACAAGAAAUUUGCUGAGCCACAGUCAGUCAAGGCAGGCAAGACAUUCAACGUCCCUGUAAAGAUUACCGGCAUCCCAACGCCAAAGGUCACAUGGUCUGUGAACGAGAAGCCAGUGGAGCCGUCUGAUCGGUUAACCUUGGAGGCAAAGGACACUCAUUAUUCUAUCACUUUGAAAAAUCUUACGAGAAAGGAUGCUGGUGUUUACACCGUGUCAGCAGAGAAUAUCGUUGGACGUAAACACGCCGAGUUUGAACUCAAGGUUCUGGAUGUGCCAUCACCUCCACGUGAUCUCAAUGUAACUGACGUUCAGAAGGAAUCCAUCUCUGUUGCUUGGCAACCAUCCGAGGAUGAUGGUGGCUCACCAAUCACAAGCUACAUCUUGGAGAAGCGUGAUGCCAAGAAGACCUCAUGGUCCAACGCCGGCAAAGUCAAACCAAAGGAUCUCGAGUUCCAGGUCGCAAAACUGAUCGAGGGCAAUGAGUAUUUCAUUCGUGUGAUUGCUGAGAAUGAGAUUGGUCAGAGCCAACCAUGUGAACUGAAGGAGCCUGUCAAGGCUAAGAGUCCAUUUGAUGUUCCCGGUCCACCAAUCAAUCUUCACCUCACUGACGUCUCCAAGACCUCCAUCUCCAUUGAGUGGCAACCACCUACAUCGGACGGCGGUUCUCCAAUCAUUGGUUACAUCGUCGAGAGGCGCCAGGCCAAGAGCAACCGCUGGAUCAAACUAAACAAGACACCAGUACCCGAGUUGAUGUAUUCCGUCUCUGAUGUGAUUGAGAACCAGGAGUAUGAGUUCCAGGUCUCGGCUGAGAAUGCCGAGGGACAGGGACCACCGACAGAUACACUUGGACCAGUCAAGGCAAAGGAUCCUUAUGAUGUUCCUGGUCAGCCUGGUAAGCCAGUUGUCGAAGAGAUUACUGCGGAUACUGCCCAUGUGACAUGGGCGCCACCUAAAGAUGAUGGAGGCAGCCCAAUCGUCAACUACACCGUCGAGAUGAAGCAGCCAAAUGAGUACAAGUGGUCUGUGAUCAACGCUGACUUCAGCGUACCUAACCCAGAGCACACUGUAAAGGGCCUGAAGCCGGAGACGGAUUAUAUCUUUAGAGCAACAGCCGUCAACAAGGCCGGACCUGGCAAACCAUCUGAGCCAUCUGAUGUUGCCAAAUACUUAACCCCUCUGAAGAUUAUCCGAGAACUCCAGGACAAUCGCGUCAAGAAGUUGCCGAGCACGGUCACAUUUGAAUGUGAACUCAACAAAGCUGAUGUUGAUGUCGAAUGGUACAGAGGUGAUAAGUUACUUGCUCCUGGCAAGAAAUACAAGAUGGAGGCCAAGGGCGCCGUCUAUAAACUGACAAUUGAUGAUAUAGAUGAUGAAGAUGACUCGGAUUACACUUUCAAGGUCAAGGACAGAGAUCUGAAGUCGACUGCUGGUCUCUUUGUCGAAGUUCCCCCAGCUCUGAAAUUGGACAAAGAUUUUGAAGACACCAUCAUCAUGAAGGUCAAUACCUCCAAGGUCAUUGAGAUACCAUUCUCUGCUGCUCCGAUGCCGAAGAUCACUUGGACAUUCAACGACGCAAAACUAUCUGGCGAGAAACGUAUCACUGAGCAGACGAUCCGUGGCAUGACAUCGCUGACGAUCAGUCGCGCCGAGAGACAGGAUGCCGGAGAUUAUGCUGUCAAGCUCGAGAACAAGUUUGGUACUGUCAGCCAUGCUUUCAAGGUCAUCGUUAUCGACAAACCAUCUCCACCCGAGAAUCUGAAGUAUCCUGAAGUCACUCCACAGUCGUGUAAGCUAACCUGGGACAUCCCCAAGGAUGACGGAGGCUCCCCCAUCACUGGCUACAUCGUAGAGAAACGUGACGCCAACCGGCAGACAUUCAAUGAGGUCGCAACGACCGUCAAUUUGGAGAACGUUGUCCCCAAACUUGUUGAGAACAACCAAUACGUUUUCCGUGUCUCGGCCAAAAAUGAUGUCGGUGUUAGUGAGCCUGCUGAAACGCCAAUCAUUACAGCCAGAUACACGUUCGAAAAACCAGGGCCACCCGAAACACCAACAGUUUCAGAUAUCUUCAAGACAUCUGCAGUUGUUGCCUGGCAGCCGCCCCUCAACGAUGGUGGCUCUCCUGUCCUCGGCUACCACUUGGAGCGCAGGAUGACAUCUGGGAACCGCUGGAUCAAAGUCAACAAAGAAAUCAUCAAGGAAUUGACCUUCAAGGAUGAUGACCUCAAAGAGGGUUUGGAGUUUGAGUACCGUGUGAUGGCCGAGAACAAGGCUGGUGUUGGCCCACCGAGCUCACCUUCUAAACCAUUCACUGCCAAAGAUCCUUGGGAUAAACCAGGUCCACCUGGCAUCCCAAGUUUCAGUGAAAUCACUGACACCUCAGUAAGGGUGACAUGGUCGCCACCCGAGGAUGAUGGUGGUUCACCAAUCACCAACUACAAUCUCGAAUACAUGGCUGUUGACGGCAAGAAAUGGGCCCUGGCAUCUGUUGACAAGUUGUCCGACACGACCAUGGUUGUGAAACGUCUUAAGAAGGACCAAGAGUACCUGUUCCGCGUAUGCGCUGAGAACAAGGUUGGCACUGGACCAUUCUCUCAGAACAAGGAACCAAUCAAGAUUGUGGCUCCUCUUGUUGGUACUGCGCCAAAGCUCGAGGCUGGUCUGGAUGACGUGACAGUUGUUGUCCCCAAUGAGGCCAAGCUGGACUGCGACAUUGCUGGUGGUGACCCAGUUGCUGACAUCAAAUGGUUCAAGAACAACAAAGAGUUGACGGCAAGUGACAAAUACAAGAUCAGUUACAAGAACAAGACUGCCGCGUUGAUCAUCAAAGACAGCAAACCUGAGGAUGCUGCCACCUAUAGGUGUACUGCAUCAAACAUCAUUGCAAAUGUGGAGACACAGGCCAAUGUUAUCGUCCACAUGCAUCCCAACAUUGAGUUCGACAAGAAAUACAAAGAGCCCCAAUCGCUUAAGGCCGAGAAGACCUUCACUGUCCCAGUCAAAGUCACUGGUAUUCCAACACCCAAGGUCACCUGGUCCCUAAAUGACAAGCCUCUGGAACCUUCCAAGCGUGUCAUCUUAGAGUCAAAGGAGAACUUGUAUUACACUAUUUCUGUGAAGCAACUGACUCGCCAAGAUGCAGGCAUCUACACUGUGUCGGCUGAGAAUGUUGUCGGAAGGAAACAUGCCGAGUUUGAACUCAAAGUUCUAGACAAACCCUCUCCUCCACGUGACUUGAAAGUGACUGACGUCCAACGCGAGUCCAUCUCCGUUGCCUGGCAACCAUCCGAGGAUGAUGGUGGCUCACCAAUCACGAGCUACAUCUUGGAGAAGCGUGACGCUAAGAAGACCUCAUGGACCAAUGCCGGCAAAGUCAAACCAAAGGAUCUCGAGUUCCAGAUAGCGAAACUGAUCGAGGGCAAUGAGUACUUCAUCCGUGUGAUUGCUGAGAAUGAGAUUGGUCAGAGUGAACCAUGUGAACUGAAGGAGCCUGUCAAGGCCAAGAGUCCAUUUGACGUUCCUGGCCCACCAAUCAAAUUCCAUGUGACUGAUGUGAGCAAGUCUCAAAUCUCCCUUGCCUGGGAACCUCCACUAUCUGAUGGCGGUACCCCAAUCAAGGGUUACAUUAUCGAGCGAAAGUCAAGGACAAGUCAGCGCUGGGUCAAGAUGAACAAGACACUCGUCCCAGAGCUUGCUUUCACAGUGACGGAUGUCACUGAGAACCAAGAGUACGAGUUCCAGGUCUCUGCUGAGAAUGCUGAGGGUGUAGGCGCUCCUGCUGAUACACUUGGACCUAUCAAGGCUAAGGAUGCAUAUGAUGUUCCUGGACAACCAGGCAAACCCAAGGUUGAGGAGAUCACUGCCGAGACGGCCAAGGUAACUUGGUCCCCUCCAAAAGACGAUGGUGGCAGUCCUAUUGUGAACUACCUUCUCGAAAUGAAGAAGCCUUCUGACACAAAAUGGUCUGUUGUCAAUGCUGACUUCACAAUUCCCUCGCCGGAGCAUACCGUGCCAGGCUUGAAGGCAGAGACAGACUACAUGUUCAGGGUGACAGCUUACAAUAAGGCCGGGCCUGGCAAACCAUCUGAACCUUCAGAUGUAGCCAAGUAUGAAACGCCUGUCAAGAUCAUACUUGAGCUCACUGACAACCAGGUCAAGAAAAUUCCUGAUACAGUCACAUUUGAAGCCGAGCUUAACAAGCCCAAUGUUGAGGUGCAGUGGUUCAAGAAUGGUCAGCCUAUCUCACCAAGCCCCAAGUACAAGAUCGAAGCAAAGGGCAAGAUACAUCGUCUCACUGUAAAUGAUGUAAAUUCUGAAGAUGAUGCAGACUAUACUAUGAAGGUCAAGGACACAGACCUGAAGACAACUGCUGCUAUCUUUGUUGAAGUGCCUCCUAAAUUCAUGCUUGACAAGAAGUUUGAGGACACCAUCAUCAUGAAGGUCAAGACAUCCAAGGUCAUUGAGGUGCCAUUUGUCGCGAGCCCGAUGCCAAAGAUCACAUGGGCUUUAAAUGACGGGAAAUUCUCUGAUGAGAAACGUGUGACAGUGGAGACAAUCCGUGGUAUGACUGCCCUGACGAUCAGCCGUGCUGAGAGACAGGAUGCCGGAGAUUAUACGCUCAAGAUCGAGAACAAGUUCGGCACAAUUAGCAUGACUGUUCAUGUCAAGGUCCUGGAUAAACCAACACCCGUCAGAAAUCUUGCUCCCGAUGAGAUCACACCAGAGUCUGUUCACCUGACAUGGAAGGAACCAGAAGACAAUGGUGGCUCUGAUAUCACAGGUUACAUCAUCGAGAGGCGCGACGCUAACCGCCAGAGUUACAACAAGAUUGGCCAAGUCAAAACUCUUGAGUACCUCGCCACAAAGUUGGUGGAAGGCAACCAAUACGUCUUCCAAGUUAUUGCAGAGAAUGAGGUUGGACAGAGCGAUGGGGUUGAAACAAAAUCAAUCACAGCCAAGUAUGGUUUUGACAAACCAGGUCCCCCUGAAGCUCCAACCGUCUCAGAUAUCUUCAAGACUUCUGCUGUGGUCAACUGGCAGCCACCAGCAAAUGAUGGUGGGGCUCCAAUCCUUGGAUACCACCUUGAGCGACGCCUGACUUCCAGCUCCCGCUGGACCAAGAUCAAUGACAAGAUCGUCAAGGAGUUGACCUUCAAAGACAAUGACCUCAAGGAGGGCAUGGAGUACAUGUACCGGGUGAUGGCUGAGAACAAGGCUGGUGUUGGUCCUCCGAGUGAACCAAGCAAGCCUUUCACUGCUAAGGAUCCUUGGGAUAAACCAGGCCCACCUGGCAUCCCAAGUUUCAGCGAGAUCACUGACACCUCAGUGAGAGUGACAUGGUCUCCACCCGAGGAUGACGGUGGUUCACCAAUUACCAAUUACAAUCUGGAAUACAUGGCUGUUGACGGCAAGAAAUGGGCUCCAGCAUCCAUUGAUAAGAUGACUGAUACAUCUUUGGUUGUGAAACGUCUCAAGAAGGACCAGGAGUACCUGUUCCGUGUAUGCGCUGAGAACAAGGUUGGCACUGGACCAUUCUCCCAGAACAAGGAACCCAUCAAGAUUGUGGCUCCCCUCGUUGGUACUGCGCCGAAGCUUGAGGCUGGUCUAGAUGAUGUCACUGUAGUCGUUCCUCAUGAAGCAAAACUUGACUGCGACAUUGCUGGUGGAGACCCAGUUCCUGAAAUCAAGUGGUUCAAAAACAACAAAGAGUUGACAGCAAGUGACAAACACAAGAUGAGUUACAAGAACAAGACUGCCGCGCUGAUCAUCAAAGACAGCAAACCUGAGGAUGCUGCCACAUAUAGGUGUACUGCAUCGAACAUCAUUGCAAACGUGGAGACACAGGCCAAUGUUAUCGUCCACAUGCAUCCCAACAUUGAGUUCGACAAGAAAUACAAAGAGCCCCAAUCGCUUAAGGCCGAGAAGACCUUCACUGUCCCAGUCAAAGUCACUGGUAUCCCGACACCCAAGGUCACCUGGUCCCUGAACAAUAAACCACUGGAACCAUCCAAGCAGGUCACCUUAGAGUCAAAGGAGAACUUGUAUUACACUAUUUCUGUGAAGCAACUGACUCGCCAAGAUGCAGGCAUCUACACUGUGUCGGCUGAGAAUGUUGUCGGAAGGAAACAUGCCGAGUUUGAACUCAAAGUUCUAGACAAACCCUCUCCUCCACGUGACUUGAAAGUGACUGACGUCCAACGCGAGUCCAUCUCCGUUGCCUGGCAACCAUCCGAGGAUGAUGGUGGCUCACCAAUCACGAGCUACAUCUUGGAGAAGCGUGACGCUAAGAAGACCUCAUGGACCAAUGCCGGCAAAGUCAAACCAAAGGAUCUCGAGUUCCAGAUAGCGAAACUGAUCGAGGGCAAUGAGUACUUCAUCCGUGUGAUUGCUGAGAAUGAGAUUGGUCAGAGUGAACCAUGUGAACUGAAGGAGCCUGUCAAGGCCAAGAGUCCAUUUGACGUUCCUGGCCCACCAAUCAAAUUCCAUGUGACUGAUGUGAGCAAGUCUCAAAUCUCCCUUGCCUGGGAACCUCCACUAUCUGAUGGCGGUACCCCAAUCAAGGGUUACAUUAUCGAGCGAAAGUCAAGGACAAGUCAGCGCUGGGUCAAGAUGAACAAGACACUCGUCCCAGAGCUUGCUUUCACAGUGACGGAUGUCACUGAGAACCAAGAGUACGAGUUCCAGGUCUCUGCUGAGAAUGCUGAGGGUGUAGGCGCUCCUGCUGAUACACUUGGACCUAUCAAGGCUAAGGAUGCAUAUGAUGUUCCUGGACAACCAGGCAAACCCAAGGUUGAGGAGAUCACUGCCGAGACGGCCAAGGUAACUUGGUCCCCUCCAAAAGACGAUGGUGGCAGUCCUAUUGUGAACUACCUUCUCGAAAUGAAGAAGCCUUCUGACACAAAAUGGUCUGUUGUCAAUGCUGACUUCACAAUUCCCUCGCCGGAGCAUACCGUGCCAGGCUUGAAGGCAGAGACAGACUACAUGUUCAGGGUGACAGCUUACAAUAAGGCCGGGCCUGGCAAACCAUCUGAACCUUCAGAUGUAGCCAAGUAUGAAACGCCUGUCAAGAUCAUACUUGAGCUCACUGACAACCAGGUCAAGAAAAUUCCUGAUACAGUCACAUUUGAAGCCGAGCUUAACAAGCCCAAUGUUGAGGUGCAGUGGUUCAAGAAUGGUCAGCCUAUCUCACCAAGCCCCAAGUACAAGAUCGAAGCAAAGGGCAAGAUACAUCGUCUCACUGUAAAUGAUGUAAAUUCUGAAGAUGAUGCAGACUAUACUAUGAAGGUCAAGGACACAGACCUGAAGACAACUGCUGCUAUCUUUGUUGAAGUGCCUCCUAAAUUCAUGCUUGACAAGAAGUUUGAGGACACCAUCAUCAUGAAGGUCAAGACAUCCAAGGUCAUUGAGGUGCCAUUUGUCGCGAGCCCGAUGCCAAAGAUCACAUGGGCUUUAAAUGACGGGAAAUUCUCUGAUGAGAAACGUGUGACAGUGGAGACAAUCCGUGGUAUGACUGCCCUGACGAUCAGCCGUGCUGAGAGACAGGAUGCCGGAGAUUAUACGCUCAAGAUCGAGAACAAGUUCGGCACAAUUAGCAUGACUGUUCAUGUCAAGGUCCUGGAUAAACCAACACCCGUCAGAAAUCUUGCUCCCGAUGAGAUCACACCAGAGUCUGUUCACCUGACAUGGAAGGAACCAGAAGACAAUGGUGGCUCUGAUAUCACAGGUUACAUCAUCGAGAGGCGCGACGCUAACCGCCAGAGUUACAACAAGAUUGGCCAAGUCAAAACUCUUGAGUACCUCGCCACAAAGUUGGUGGAAGGCAACCAAUACGUCUUCCAAGUUAUUGCAGAGAAUGAGGUUGGACAGAGCGAUGGGGUUGAAACAAAAUCAAUCACAGCCAAGUAUGGUUUUGACAAACCAGGUCCCCCUGAAGCUCCAACCGUCUCAGAUAUCUUCAAGACUUCUGCUGUGGUCAACUGGCAGCCACCAGCAAAUGAUGGUGGGGCUCCAAUCCUUGGAUACCACCUUGAGCGACGCCUGACUUCCAGCUCCCGCUGGACCAAGAUCAAUGACAAGAUCGUCAAGGAGUUGACCUUCAAAGACAAUGACCUCAAGGAGGGCAUGGAGUACAUGUACCGGGUGAUGGCUGAGAACAAGGCUGGUGUUGGUCCUCCGAGUGAACCAAGCAAGCCUUUCACUGCUAAGGAUCCUUGGGAUAAACCAGGCCCACCUGGCAUCCCAAGUUUCAGCGAGAUCACUGACACCUCAGUGAGAGUGACAUGGUCUCCACCCGAGGAUGACGGUGGUUCACCAAUUACCAAUUACAAUCUGGAAUACAUGGCUGUUGACGGCAAGAAAUGGGCUCCAGCAUCCAUUGAUAAGAUGACUGAUACAUCUUUGGUUGUGAAACGUCUCAAGAAGGACCAGGAGUACCUGUUCCGUGUAUGCGCUGAGAACAAGGUUGGCACUGGACCAUUCUCCCAGAACAAGGAACCCAUCAAGAUUGUGGCUCCCCUCGUUGGUACUGCGCCGAAGCUUGAGGCUGGUCUAGAUGAUGUCACUGUAGUCGUUCCUCAUGAAGCAAAACUUGACUGCGACAUUGCUGGUGGAGACCCAGUUCCUGAAAUCAAGUGGUUCAAAAACAACAAAGAGUUGACAGCAAGUGACAAACACAAGAUGAGUUACAAGAACAAGACUGCCGCGCUGAUC